UAUGGUCAUUUUGUGUUUUGAUUCCCAUCAUGGGAUUAUCAUGGUUACUGGGGAUAUUCAAUGUGAACGAGAGCUUCUAUUUUAUACAGUAUUUAUUUGCGAUAUUAAAUGGAUUACAGGGCUUUUGCAUAUUCCUGUUUCACUGUCUACUCAACAAAAAGGUGAGAAAUGCGUACAAGUUUCGUGCGAGGAAAAGGCCUUCAACAUAUUUUUCCACGGACCAUACAUCAAAAGGUGAACGUAAUACGAAAUCAAAGGAUACAAGUGGUUCUUUCAACAAUGCAACCACUGAAACACGUGACAUCGGACACGAUCGGGAAUUAAAGAUACCGCAGGAAUCUUUCCCUUACAAUCCAGGGCAGGAUGGAUCCUUAGCAGAAAUGUUAAAUACUGGAACUAUGAGAAGAUCUGCAUCGUUUAGUACUGAACCACGUGGCAAUCUCACCAGUUAUAGCUUGCUUACAUAGUUAUGAUAAUGAAAUGUAUGUUAUGGCGAGGAAUGACAGUACAAAGCAAAUGACGUUGAUGAUUGGACUACGAAUGGCGAAUUUAUGACAUUUUAUUUUUCGUGAAAAAACUUAGUCAAAAAAACUGAAGUAACACUUUCUAAUUAAGAUAUUGUUCAAGAUUUACAUCUGCGCAUGGAUUUGGUCGACAAUUUUGUUACACAUAUCUAAUGUUCUUUUAUUAUUUUUGAAUUAUUUUUCAACGUAAAUAAGAAAAACAAAUGUGUACUUGUUUUAAUAAUAAAUGUUGCUUUCUUUUAUUACAUUCUGUUACAAAAUUAGAGUUUUGUGGGGAAAAAACUCAUUCACGAAAAAAUAACUUCCAGUAAUAUUUAAAAUAUGUUAUAAAAAAUUCAUGUUCUAUUUUUGAGGGAAAAAAAUGUGAAAUUGUAUUAGGAUGACAUCAUAAUGUACAGUAAUAUUAUGUUCAGUAUAAUACGCUUAUAACGUAAAAUAAAUACUUUGGCAGAAUUUAUUACAGAUUUUGCAAGCAUAAUUUGUUGCCAAAUCAUGUUGUCUUGAUCUUUUGUCAUGACCUUCUCGUCGUUGUUGACGUUGAUCAUAACCAUUUUGUUGACGUUUAUUUCUUAAUCUUCGAAAACAUUUCAAGAGGACAAGAAACACACAUAAAGAUUUUUGUAUAGUAUUGUUCCUUUAACAACUAUGAAAACUUUAAUGGUUUUAAGCCAUUCAUUUUCCAAAUUUAAUCUAAGAGGUUUAAUUUAACUGGACACUGCUGCUUAUGUGAUAUCGUUUCUAGAUAUCUAUUUUAUCAUAUGAAGGUAGACCACUCUUACCGGAAAAUAGAAGUGAUUUAAAA